AUGCGCACUGAUGACCCGAGAAGAGACUCGGUAGUGACUUCGGUGCGAGAGCAAGUAGCAGUAGUUGAAGAAAUUGUGAAAGCAACGCUCGUAGAAAUAAGCGAGUGGAGUAAACCUAAUGUAGCGGAACUUGCCUUACAGCUGCUAAGAGAAGCACAAAUAAACAGUGUAGCUCAACUGAGAGAACACUCAAGUAAGAACGCAGCGAUGAUCAAAGUAAAGGAGGAAGCAUGCGAAAUCCUGCAAUGUCAGGAAGAGGAAGUACGCAUGAGGGUUGAACAAUUGCGUCAAGAAGUCGAAGGCCUAGGGCAGCAAGGCAAGGCGAGCGCCCACGAUAAUACGGAUAGCAGUGGAUCAGCGCAAGGUGAGUCUGAUCGAUCAAGACAAUAUAAUUCAGUAGAAACGAAUGAUCAAAGCAACCAGUCUUUACAGAUGCGCUUUUCAAAGACUUGGAUGCAAUCGAGCCAACCGUAUUGCGUGACUACGCCGAGAGACGGCUCAGAGAACUGUCAAGGAAUUCAACAAUCGUCGGUCACAGGUGAGGAUAACGAGUUUUCGCUGAGUGAUUACAUGCGUACCAUGUCCUUACCAGAAGUACAGCCCUUCCUUGGUAGACCAGGCGAGUGUUUCAAGAGAUUUUUAAGCUCAUUUGACAUGAAGUACCCAAAAGAUCUGCGCACAUUAACCAUUCGAUCCGGACAGACCGUGAGCGAAUUUUGCCUUCGUUUUAGAAAACUUAGCGAAUUAGGCCUACCCAGAAAUGCCCGCAGAAGCAACUUCCUUGCAGAAAGCGGAUUUUGUGCAGGCAAUUUGCCAAUUGGAAUGGAAACCAGCAGUUGCGAACAGGCGUACGAAAAGGUCAAGGAAGCGGCCUUACGUUUAGAAAGAAGCUUGCAAAUAGCCGAUGAAUACAGAUCAUCAAACAAUACGAGACCUACGCAC